CGAAAAAUAAGGUUACAACGUAACAUUUCUUGCAGUAUGAUGGGUGACAAAAGUUGGCUCUUUUCCUCCAUGGCCGUGGUGGCGGCGAUCAUAUGUACUACCGCCACAGUCAGAGGAGCUUAUUAUAAUCCAACGCCGGGGGCGGCUACCUCCUCGUCGCCGAUGCAGGAAAAACACGAGAAAUGGAUGAAAGUCUACGGGCGAUCGUACAACGACGAUGCAGAGAGAGCCAAGCGGUUCUACAUAUUCAAGGAAAACGUAGAAUAUAUUGAGGCUUUUAACAAGGGGUAUGGGAAGAAGGGGAGUUACAAGCUUGGAGUCAACCAGUUUGCUGAUUUGACCAACGAGGAAUUCUUAGCCAGUCAAACUGGGUUUCAAGGAAUUCCUCGUCAGUCUAAUAUGCCAAGUGGCAACAAUAAAAAUAAUCAUAAUAAUAAUAAAACACCAUUUAGAUAUGGUAACGUGACAUCAGUUCCAAAAAGCAUCAAUUGGAAGAAGAAAGGAGCUGUCACAGGCGUGAAGGAUCAACACAGUUGUGGAUCUUGUUGGGCGUUCUGUGCGGUGGCGGCGGUGGAAGGCAUCCAUCAGAUCUCGACCGGAAAACUGCUUUCUCUCUCGGAACAACAACUGGUGGAUUGCGACGUUAGCCGCGCCGACCACGGCUGCGCAGCCGGAUUAAUGGACACGGCUUUCAAGUUCAUCGUCAAGAACAAGGGACUCGCCACCGAGGCCGACUACCCAUACACGGGGCGCAACGGAACAUGCACCACCGCAGCGUCGGCGGCGGCGAAGAUCAGGGGCUACGAGGACGUCCCCGCCGACAACGAGACCGCCCUGCUCCACGCGGCGGCGCACCAGCCGGUGUCCGUCGGGAUCGACGCCUCCGGGAAAGCAUUCCAGUUCUACUACGGCGGCGUGUUCGCCGGCCACUGCGGGACCGAGCUCGACCAUGCGGUCACUGUGGUCGGGUACGGGGAGACGAAGCAAGGGGUGAAGUAUUGGUUGGUGAAGAACUCGUGGGGGAAGCUGUGGGGGGAGAAGGGUUUCAUGAGGAUGAAAAGAGGCGUUCGUGACAACAAGGGACUUUGUGGCCUCGCCAUGAUGGCUUCCUAUCCAACCCUUUGAUUAUUUAUGUUGAUUUUGUAUGCAUAAUAAUGUGUACAUGUGCAAAAUGUGUAAUCAUGUGUAUGUGUCUAUACUAAAUAAAUGCAUGCCCUUGUU